CAUAAGCAGAGCAGCAUUCUUAUGAUUCAGAACUAAGCCUUUCUUUCAGUGGAGUCAAUGGGAAAUACUACAUUUGUAUUCAUUACCUUCUUUCGCCCUUUAUUUCACAGCAUCUGUAAAGAAAAGAUUUCCUCAUUUUGAGACAACUGUUCUUGCUUCAGGACCAGCUGCUGCCUGCAUUAUUUUGAUCUCGCUGCCAUUGUGACCAGUAGUGCGUUUACAGUUCCUCGUCUUCGAUACACACAUGAGGUUUCAUGACUGACACAGCGGACAAGGCUGUGACAUGUGGGAAAAAGGCCGAAGCAGCACACCAUCCAAAGUGUCACAUUGCAUAACACAGUGGACAGACCUCACAGAUCCAUACUGAAGCCCAAAAUGAUGAGUCAAGAUGACCCCAAGUCACAUCCAAUGCUUGAACUACGAGAAAAGCUCCAGCCAGAGGUGACGGAGCUGAUAAAACAGCAGAGGUUAAACCGCUUGUGUGAGGGAACCAGCUUCAGAAAGAUCAGCGCUCGCCGCAGACAAGACAAGUUCUGGUAUUGUCGUCUUUCACCAAACCACAAACUGUUACACUAUGGAGAUAUAGAGGAGCUCUCCCAAGGACAAAUACCACACGACUCUCUUCAGGAGAAAGUCUCAGUAGUAGAUAUAAAAGCAGUGGUAACAGGAAAAGAUUGUCCACACAUGAGGGAAAAAGGAGCGCUUAAGCAGAAUAAGGAGCUACUGGAGCUGGCGUUUUCAAUUCUACAUAGCUCGGAUGAAUAUCUUAAUUUUAUUGCUCCUGAUAAACAUGAGUACUGCAUUUGGAUUGACGGUUUGAAUGCUCUCCAGGGAAAAGAGAUGACAAGUGAACUAACCAAAUCAGAUUUGGAUACUUUGAUUACUAUGGAGUUAAAACUUCGCCUCUUGGACCUUGAGAACAUUCAGAUUCCCGAGGUUCCUCCUCCCAUUCCCAAAGAGCCCAGCACUUACAACUUUGUUUACGACUUUACCCAACAACACACUUGAGACUUGAGAAAAAGUCCUUACUGAUGCUGAUAAUCAGCUGCAAACGUGAUCAUUUUUUUGCUCUUGUUUUCUUUUGUACAGACAGAACCAUGUUCAGAUCUUGAACAUUCCUCUAGAUUGUGACUUAAAUUUAAUGAUUAGUUUUCUAUUUCCUUUAAAAAGUCUCUCAAUUCUGUUUUCAGCAAACAGAAAAAUUCUCACUGGUGUACAAUGUUUUAGUCUUUAAGUUUUAAUGAACAGCUUGGUAUAAACAAAAUGCUGGGUAAGUAAAGUGCAUAUCUGCAUCAAACACUAA